AUGGUCUCGCCGGCAAACACAUUCUCGGAUCUUCGAAAGACUAAGGAACCGCAUCGCCCACCACCAUUGAACCUGAAGUCGGAGAGCAAGCGAAGCGGCCGGGCCAAAGUGAAAGCCGUGCGUGGCAGCGUGUCGGGCCCCUCAAUUCAACCUUCACACUCCGUUGCCCACCGACCCACCAGCGCAGCCGGUACGGCUGGGGCCAGCUGUCGCACCCUCAAAGCCUCUGGACCAAAGCCCCAUAAAUGGGUCGAUAUGGAUCUCUCAAAAUCUCGACCUCGCCAACAUGCCGAUGGCCGUGAUGUCUCUCCGCAAGGCUCCCUGCGCACGAUCAUUGACCUCGACUCCCCCGCAGGCUCUGAUGACGAAUCCGAUAUAUCCCCACUCUCUGACGACCGCCCUCCUGUAAACUCAAAUAAGGUAUUAGCUCGAUUCUUUCCCGAACUGCAAAACAACUUCGUCCUCCCCGCGGCGGACGCUGCCGACCAGAAGUUGAUGCCCCUGAAAGGCCACUCUCGCCUCGAAAGCGAAAUACAUGCUCGCGUCCACAGCCUUUACCAAGGCGACACAUCAGGCCACGGUGAUUCCGCCGAUAAUGGUUACGGGUCGUCAAAUCGCAAUUACCGAAGUUCAGAUAACAGCAUUAAUGGUGGACAUGACGAUAACCACUCAGUACGUUCUCGAUCGCAAGGACCCAGGAUGAACUCGGUCCAACCGCCUCGGAGUAUCUCCGGCUCGACAAAAACCUCUAUGCAGGAUUUGAGAAACAAGCCCUUACCACUGGCCCCAGUCAUGGAGCCUGGCCGAUCGCAUGAACGCCCGCGUACCCAACGCUCCUCAUCAAGGUGCCCCGAUUGCGCCGACCGGUCCCGAUCUAACGGGCGCAGCCAACAAUCCUCUUCCAGAAGCCACCAGAAAUGCGCAAAGCACAGCGAACAUCGAUCACAUCGUCAAAACCACCACCCCCAUCAUUGGUCCGAGCAGGGUUCAAACCGGGGUAAUCCUCGGAUUACUCAUGCAUCGACCUGGCAGGCUGGACACGAAACCGACUAUCCGCGCUCUGGGGAGCACAGACUAGGGAAAAGGACUUUGUUGGUGCUGGAUGGUCCUCUGCAAAUCAGUCGCAGCAACGGUGGUGAUUUGGUAGCUAACAGGCCGGCUCCCCAGCCAGCGGGCAAGCCAUACUCCAGCUCCAUUCACUCGUCAAAUCAUUCCGGAUCUAAUCUUCUGGCUAUUGAUACAUCAAAGAAAGAUUCACCACACCGGGCGAGCAGCACCCGAUCCCCUCGUGAUUUAGCUUCCCUGAAGAAGGGUCACAAGUAUGCCAAAUCAAAGGACUCCGAUGAAUCGAUUAAGGAUGGAAAGGUGCCCAAAUCCCGGGACGAAUCGAAGGGCUUCUGGGGCAAAGCUGCGAAAUCGGAAGAUAAGAAAAAUUUUCGAACCUCUUUCUCUCUUUCGAUGGCUACAUUCCAUCGCAAGCAGGGUUCCCAGAAUGAAUCCCACAGCCGCCGCCUUAGCAUCUUGAGUUCGCGGUCAGAAACAUCCGUUGACCCCACGGCCGACAAGCCCAGCCCUACCGCAGAGCCUCCGACCCGUCUAUCGCGUCACCUCUCUAUCUCAGAAUCUAAUUUGGAAAACAUGUCCCCGAGCUCCCCGAAGCGCGAAGACCUUUUGCUGCAGCUGCCUCGUCUCCAGACCCACGACCUGGGGCUAGGGAAUCUCCUUGAUCAGUUUGCCCCCUCCUUGACAUCUACAUAUGAAACCGCGCCUGCUGCAUCCACUGAACCAUCCGAGGAUACAUCUUCGCAGCCACCCACCCCAACCGCACGACCGGCACCGCCUGCAAGCGCUGGAUCCGAAGCCCGUGAGGUAAUCAUUGCUGAACUCGAUGAUGGGAAACGAGGUACUGUGAUAAGAGUUGACGAGCCAGGACAGUCCUAUGAUGGUGUUCCAGUCCCAAAGAUGCGCAUGGUCUCGUCCGUCGCAGAUGAGAAGAUUGUGAUCGCAAACCACCGAUCGCGGGGUUCGCAGGCCUUUGUAUCGACCGCCAAGGCUAGCAGCGUGUUCCUACCACCUGAACAGGUAUACGAGCUUGCUGCGGCUCCUACGUCGCCACGGGGCUCCAUUCAUGAGCUAACAGGGGACAGCCGUCCCCGGUUUAGAGUUAAUUUCCCAAUAGAGGAAACCAAGGAUGUGAUCGUCGAGCUUCUUAUGGAGCGGAUCCCAUCACUGGAUGACCUUUUUAACCUGGCUCUUGUUAACCGCCGCUUUUACCGUGUGUUCAAGCAACGUGAGCUUACGUACAUUAAAAUGGCCCUUUACAAGAUGUCCCGCCCUGCUUGGGAGCUGCGUGAAAUGAGUCCUCCGUGGAACCUCGAGUGGCAGCUUACUAUCAACCCCGACUCUCAAGUCCCUGAAUAUGACCCAACCCUAUACCUUGAUCGAUACGCUCGCGACAUUUUUACAUUGGCCCAGCUCAAGUCAAUGAUACUGGUUCGAUGUGCGCCGUUCUUGCGUCGUGACACUGUUCGUGGACUGGCCGGGCUGGAUGACGAUCGUGCGGAGGAGGUUGACAAUGCUUUCUGGCGAAUCUGGACCUUCUGUCGUAUCUUCGGCAAUGGCAAGGGCCGGGAGAACGACUUGGAAGGCCAGGUGGACUGGCUUAGAGGCGGCCCCAAGGCCCGAUUUGCACAGACCUCGGACUCUACCAUGCCCGGGCCUUUCCACACGAAUGGGGUUCUCUUCGAACCACCGGAAGGUUUUGCCAAGGGCAACCAUGGCGGGCUUACUCCGAAGGAAUUAUAUGAUAUGACUGAAAUCUGGACCUGCCUGGGUGUCUUGGUGCAGCCCCUUCAUGGCAAGUGCAUUGAGGCGCGCAGGGUUGGUAUCUUCGAUGGCAUUGACGUUCCUGAGAAUGAUCCUGUCCGCGAGGAAACUGUCCUUGAGGAAUGGACCUCGUAUAUUCUCACUCUCGGCAUGUCAGCCGUUCUAGCUAUUAGUCCCUUCACUCCCAACCAAACCCCAGCCACCAUCUUAGAACGAGCGAAGGCAGUUGGUCUCACCAAGUGGCACCUCACUGAAGCCGGCACCACUCGUUCGUCAUUCCUCAAGGAAGCCGUUUCUCGCGUAUACGCGGACCAAGAUCGAGGCAUCCCCGCUGUCGCGGGCAUCGGAUCGCCUACCAGUCCAUCCGAGCUUCCGUCCCAAGAAACCCCAACCCGCGAGGAAGACCGCGAGCGCCAAGCAGGAUUCUCGCACGAAAUCCGCGCUCGCCGCCAUCUGGGAAACCCCACCGAUGUCCACAGCGGCUUCGGAGCCGAGCGCCCUAUGUCGGAAUUCAGCACCAUUCUCUCCAACCUCGAAGGCAUCGUGAACAACCACACCAAUGCGCACCCUGUGCCUCCCGUCCCACCUCUCGCAUAUGACCGGUCAUCCAACUCGACUGCCAGCCCUGCCGCCCCAGGCACCCCCAAUCAAAAUGUCACAACCGAGCCCAGCGUCCCCUCGGAAUCCAUCGUAGCAUCUGAACCCGAACCUCCCUCCGUCAAUCCGGUCAGCAGCCGCAGCCCACCACCACCCACCCAAACAGUAGCCCCACCCCCCAUGCACCCCCAAGUCCUGGACCCAGUCGACCGAGCUAUCGCUCGGAUGGUCGGCGAGCUAGGCUUCUACGAAGACGACGUCAAAUGGGCGCUCAAGAUCACCGAUACUGGCGAAGGCAUCGACGUUGAAGCCGCGGAGCAGCUACUCAAGCAAGAAAAGAAAAAAGCUGAUCGAAACCCCUUCAUCACGCGCGGCCAGGGGAAGAACUCGCUCCUGCUCUCCGUCAUGAAGCAGCAGGGAGCCCAGGAUUCUGGAUGGCGGUGGGCGUGA